CCCCCCCCUCCCCCCCCCCCCGACUCCAUCGCUCUCUCAUUCCUUUUCGCCUUUCUCCACUCACAUAUGCUUCCCUCUCCUUAAGAUUUUUUUUUUCGUUUUCUGUUUUGGUUUUUCACUUCUUCGAGAAAGAGGAAUGGAGUCAUCAAACGUGGACCAAUCCGAAAACAAACAAUCGAAAGAGAAUCCCAUAAAGGUUGAUCAGGAAUUAAAUGAUUCCGAGAAUCAUUCCAUUUCGAAUAAGAAUGAUAAAGGAAAAGAUGACGAAUUCUCCGAGAUAGAGAUCCAGGGCGAGGUGAAGGAAAUACCGCACCCCCAAGAAGAAGAAGAAGAAGAAUAUCGCGACGACAUCAGCGAAACGUCGUCGUCGAUGACCGACAAGUCCAGCCACGACUCGCUCGGUUCGAACAAAAUGAGCGACGACGCAGCGAUCCAUCGACCUCAUUCACAGCUCCCGAGGCCUGAGGCCCCCCCAGGCCAUUCUUCUUCAAACGCGGAGGUCUCGUUCCAGCGCUCGCAGUCGUUGUCCGUGGACAUGCCGGCCAUCGGGAAGUUCAUCCGCGAGAGGAGCAGCAGCUUCUCGGCGGCGAUCGUGAAGCGACUGUCUUCUCUGAAGGAGAACAACAACAACGCAGACGCUUCGAAUACGACGGCGAAAUCGGGCGGCGUGACCGAGUUCGAUCUCUCGGGGAUGAAGGUGGUCGUGAAGGUCAAGAGCAACGUCGAACUCAAAGGCCGAAUCAGCUUCUUCUCUCGGUCGGAUUGCAGGGACUGCACAGCUGUCCGGAAGUUCUUCCGCGAGAAGGGAUUGAAAUACGUUGAAAUUAACGUCGACGUGUACCCUCAGAGAGAGAAGGAGCUCGAAGAGAGGACUGGGAGCUCGUCCGUACCGCAAAUAUUCUUCAACGAGAAGCUGUUUGGGGGCCUGGUGGCGUUGAACUCUCUGAGGAACAGUGGCGGAUUUGACCGGAGAUUGAAGGAGAUGCUAGGGAGCAAAUGUCCCGACGAUGCGCCUGCACCGCCUGUUUAUGGAUUUGACGAUAUCGAGGACGAAUGGGCGGACGAGAUGGUCGGGAUCGUCAGGGUUUUGCGUCAGAGAUUGCCCAUUCAGGACCGUCUGAUGAAGAUGAAGAUGGUGAAAAACUGCUUCUCCGGGAGCGAGAUGGUGGAGGUGUUGAUUCACCACUUGGACUGCGGCCGCAAGAAGGCUGUUGACAUUGGAAGGCAGCUGGCCAGGAAGCAUUUCAUCAAUCACGUUUUUGGGGAAAAUAUUUUUGAAGAUGGGAACCAUUUUUAUCGUUUCCUUGAGCAUGAACCCUUUAUUCCGAAAUGCUUCAAUUUCCGAGGAUCUAUAAACGACAGUGAUCCCAAGCCUGUGGCUAUGAUUGGCCAAAGGCUUGCCAAGAUAAUGUCUGCCAUACUGGAGUCCUAUGCCUCUGAUGAUAGGCACCACGUUGAUUAUGUGGGCAUCAGCAAAAGCGAGGAAUUUCGGAGGUAUGUAAACUUGGCUCAAGAACUUCACCGGGUAGACCUCCUAGGUCUCACUGAAAAUGAGAAGCUAGCCUUCUUUCUGAACUUAUACAAUGCCAUGGUCAUGCAUGCUGUAAUCAGAAUAGGCUGCCCAGAGGGUGUAAUCGAUAGGAGAUUCUUCUUUUCUGAUUUCCAAUAUGUGGUCGGAGGGUAUCCCUAUUCUCUUAAUACAAUUAACCACGGGAUCCUCAGAAACAACAGGAGACCCCCUUACUCCUUGCUCAAGUCCUUAAGCUCUGGAGACAAGCGUUUGGAGCUUGCUGUUGCUAAAGUAAACCCGUUGGUUCACUUUGGGCUGUGUAACGGGACAAGGUCAAGCCCGAGAGUGAGGUUCUUCUCAGCUCGAGGAGUUGAAGGCGAAUUAAGAAGUGGUGCGAGAGAGUUCUUCGAGGGUGAUGGAAUGGAGGUGGACUUGGAGAAGAGGACUGUGUAUCUCACCAGAAUCAUCAAGUGGUUAAAUGUGGAUUUUGGAAAUGAGAAAGAAAUACUCAAGUGGAUCCUCAAUUACUUGGAUGCAACUAAGGCUGGUCUCUUGACACAUCUUUUGGGCGACGGGGGCCCUAUAAAUAUUGUGUACCAGGACUACAAUUGGUCCCUAAACUCUUGACUACCACUGCGUACCCACCCCUCUCGGACAUUAUUUCAACAUUGUAAAAAAGAAGAUAUAUUCGAGAUGCCGUGUGAUAGGUUCCCCAAUUAGCGAGAGAGAGAGAUAUAUAUAUAUAUAUAUAUAUAUAUAUAUAUAUAUAUUAAAUUUUGAAUUCUUUCUACAUUUCGACUCCACUCCAUACGGAGGCCUCACGCAAUAGUCAUGCUAAGAAAAUACGAAAAAUAAGUUGGAUAAUUGAAGCACACUGUGACAUGCAUGCUUCAACAUUGAGUUUGUGCUUUCAAGACCUACCAAUCUACCAGUUCUGUAUGUAACUUUGUCUUUACAUUGAUGAGGACAAUGUCAACUCAACGGAUGAUUUAAGCCAAAAAAUUUGGAACCUACUCAAUUCAAAGGGAUUAUGCUAUUUACAAAAAUUCAAUAUCUUAUCCAA